AUGCAGUCAUGGACUGGCAGAGGCAGCCGCUCGCUCUUCUGCGCCUUGAGACCACUCACUCGGCCUGCUGAACGACAUUUCACCAUAACUCCGGCCCUCCAGCGAUCGAAGCGGAAUCAAAAACCGAAAGUCAAGCCGAGCGAGGAUAACAACAACAGUCUCUUCGGCAAACCCCCGAAGAAAAAGUCCUCUACGACACGACAAUCCGCUCGACAGGAUAUUGCAGCGACGCGGGAUUUCAGUCGAGUGGUGGAGACGGUGUUACGAGAUAUCAAAUACAAGCUACAGAAUACAGGCCAGCUACCGGAAGCAUGGGGCCGAUUCGAGCGCCAGAUGAUGAAUGCCUGCCGGAUAGAGGAACCGAAGACCAGCGAAAAGCAAAGCUCAGGAAGCUCCUAUCGCCGUAUUAAAGUCGCGCUACAAAAGGCUUAUCUGCGGUCUGGGGAACAGGGUCUUCGGGAUGAACUGCAGUAUAUUCUUUAUGCUGAUAGCAUGACUGAGAUGUACUCGACCCCGAACUUGGAAGGACAACGAGAAGUAGCCGACUUUCGAUAUCCCGCCGAAUGGUACCCUCGCGCACGCUCGAUCCAACGGACGAUUCAUCUACAUGUCGGCCCGACGAAUUCCGGAAAGACUUAUCAUGCAUUGAAAAGGCUGGAGGGGUGCAAGUCCGGGUUUUACGCAGGACCUCUGAGGCUGUUGGCGCAGGAGGUAUACCACCGCUUCAAGGACAAGGGUGUUCCCGUCAGUUUGGUGACAGGAGACGAUGUCAAGCUUCCAGAAAACGGAGCAAAUCCCCGCGUCAUUAGCAAUACAGUGGAAAUGGUCGGUCUUGGCCGCGAGUUCGACGUUGGUGUCAUUGAUGAGAUUCAGAUGAUUGCCAACCCAAAGCGAGGUUGGGCAUGGACUCGAGCUGUACUUGGAGCGCAGGUCAAAGAACUGCAUCUCUGUGGUGAAACGCGUGCUGUGCCGCUUAUUCGCGAGUUAUGCGCCCUCACGGGCGAUAACCUUGAGAUUCAUCGCUACGAGCGGCUAAAUCCUCUUGAGGUGAUGCCCCAUAGCUUGAGGGGCAACUUGAACAAACUCGAAAAGGGAGACUGCAUAGUCUCCUUUUCCCGGGUUGGAAUUCAUGCUUUGAAAGCAGACAUCGAGAAGCUGACGGGGCGCCGCGUGGCUAUUGUCUACGGUGGUCUCCCAGCCGAGAUUCGGACCCAGCAGGCCAGCUUAUUCAACGACCCGGACAAUGAUUACGAUUUCCUUGUUGCAAGUGAUGCGAUUGGUAUGGGAUUGAACUUGAGCUGCAAGCGUGUCAUCUUCGAGACCCUCAUCAAACGGACCCCAAGUGGCCUGCAACGUCUGUCUGUGCCUGAGAUCAAGCAGAUUGGCGGACGUGCUGGCCGCUAUCGACCGGUUAAUGCCCAGAAUAGCCCAGAAGACUCGUCCGAGCCUAACGUUGGCCUCGUCACUUGUAUUGAAGAAGUUGACCUUCCGUAUAUUCAACAAGCAAUGAACACAGAACCCCCACCGCUUCGAGCAGCGGGAAUUUGGCCACCCGAUUUCGCGUUCCAGAAGUUUGCAGCCUACUUUCCAAGCAGUGUACCCUUCGAGUAUCUCAUCAAGCGACUGAUGGAAAUCGCUCAAGUCGACCCAUUGUUCUUCAUGUGCGAGACGGAAAGCCAACUGCAGAAUGCGGAGAUUAUCGACUCUGUGGAGGGAUUGCGAAUUCAUGAUCAGCUCACGCUCAUGGCUGCACCCAUGGAAACCAGGGAUCAAUCAUCUCGCAUGGUUUGUGGGUCCUUUGCCGACUGUGUCGCCGAAAACACGCGGGGCCGAUUGCUGGACAUUCCAAGCCUUGAUCUUGAGAUUCUAGAGCAAGGAGUCUCGGGAAACAAGGAGUAUUUGCAUGCGCUAGAGAGUUUACACAGAUCCAUCAUUUUGUACUCGUGGCUGAGCUACCGAUUUGGUGGUAUCUUUACGGACCGGACUCUUGCGGCUCAUGUGAAAGAACUUGUUGAAGAGAGGAUGAUUCGGGCAUUGACUGAAUUCUCGGCCAACAAGAAAUUGCGAAAGAAUGCUUCGCUCAAACGCCAGAUCGCGAUGCAGAAACAGAAGCUUGAUCAGAUGCGCAUCAUGUCAAUCGCAGAUCUCUUGUCUCCUCAUGGCGAAGGGGAGGACCCAAUGCAAGUAGACCUGUCGCAAGACGAGUCUGCAGACAGUCAACCAACGUCCUCUGGGGGUGAACUGUUUGACGAAAGUCCAGUGGAGGAAAGCUCCGAGGAUACCGCUAACAGUGACCUUCCGGAGGACGACCUGGUUGAAGACUUGGAGAAAGACUCCAAGGAAUCUGAGGACAUCGAGUCCAAAUCAGUCUCAGCAUGA